GCCUGGCAGGCAGGCAGGCAUUUCUCCUCCCACAGCCAGCGCCGAGAGCGCGGAGCUCCGGCCGUGGCACCUUGGCGGGCUUCAUUCUCCUGCACCGAGGGAAGCUAGAACCGAGGCGCCUGGAAGAAGCACGGAGCCCAAGCGGGAAGCCCCGGCCCCCACGGUCAGGAUAGCCCCCGCCAGCUGCUGCAAGCAUCCUCCCGGGGUGCCAGCCACGAUGCUGCCCGCGCCUGCGGUGGGAGCAGCCCCAGCCGAGCAGGGCUAACCUGCUUUCCCUGGCCGGUCCACCCUAUCUCCCUUCCCCUCCAGGGGCCGCCCUGCAGCCCCCCUGACCCCAGCCAUGGCGAAGCAGUACGAUGUGCUUUUCCGGCUGCUUCUGAUCGGGGAUUCCGGGGUCGGCAAGACCUGUCUCCUGUGCCGCUUCACGGACAACGAGUUCCAUUCCUCCCACAUCUCCACCAUCGGAGUUGACUUUAAGAUGAAGACUAUAGAAGUAGAUGGAAUCAAAGUUCGGAUACAGAUUUGGGAUACUGCAGGACAGGAGAGGUAUCAGACCAUCACCAAACAGUACUACAGACGGGCCCAGGGAAUAUUUUUAGUCUAUGACAUCAGCAGUGAGCGAUCUUACCAGCACAUCAUGAAGUGGGUCAGUGAUGUGGAUGAGUAUGCACCAGAGGGAGUCCAGAAAAUCCUUAUUGGGAAUAAGGCUGAUGAAGAACAGAAAAGGCAAGUGGGACGAGAACAAGGUCAGCAGCUGGCUAAGGAGUAUGGCAUGGACUUCUUUGAAACUAGUGCCUGCACCAACCUCAACAUAAAGGAGUCCUUCACUCGACUGACGGAGUUGGUUCUGCAGGCACACAAGAAAGAGCUUGAUGGUCUCCGAGCACAUGCCAGGGAAGAACUGGCACUGGCUGAGUUAGAAGAGAAAGACAGCAAAACUGAAGGCACAGGGAACUCUUCAAAAAACUGCUGGUGUUGAGAAUCCCAUGCAGGGUAUCCCCCUGCUCUGUGUCACAUUUUCCCCUUCACAGACCAGGGGACAGUAAAGGGCUCUGGGUUUCACUCCCCUACUGCUCUUCCCUUACCCAGAAAAAUUCAUUGAAUGUCAGUAGGUAUCAUUGUCCAGCCCCUGGAGCAGGAUCCCCAGCCUCUGUUAGUGACCUUUUCUUCCCCUCCAGGGACUAGUGUCCUUAAUGUCUUCCCUGAGCCUCAGGCUUCCUGUAUUCCCAAGAUGUGUAGUGAUGAGCAUCUACAACCUCUAUUCCUUUACUCCCCCACCUUGCUUUGUUGGGUCCCUCCCUUCCUCGAGUGCCUGAGACCAUAGCCACAGCCACUCUUUUGCCUCUUUCUGUCACACACACACACACACACACACACACACACAUGCACAACAUAAUUCUCCUUCUCUUUGUUCCCAUCAGAGCUGUGGAUUCCUACUCUGUUCCCUUCCAACUGAAAUGGGGGCUAGUUUAAGGAGUUGGAGCCAAAUUCAUGAGUCUUUUUUAUUUCUAUGCUCUCCAGGACAGGGAGUACUGCAACCUAUGGAAAUUCAUUCUCAUGCCCCAUUUAUUUAUUUUUUUUUUGCAUCUAUGUUGUGAGGAAACCAGGAGAGAGCAGGGCGGAAGGAGAAAGCACGCCAGAAGGAGAGAGCACGCCACUGGACAGUACCUUAGCAUGUGGAAGGACAUAUCUACCUACCCCACUACUUUCCCAUGCUGGUGUCUGAUCCUACCUGACUACUUCUGACAUUUUGGGAGAAGGUUCAGUGCUUCCCAACUUUUAGUGAAGACCCUUUCCUACUACAUAGAAGCAGGGGAAAAAAAAAUAGCAACAGGAGAUGGGGUAAAGGAGAAAAGUAGCUCAGGAAAAGGAAUCUGGGCAGUGGAAAGGACACUUUCUUGUUUGGGGGGAAACUGACUUCUUUGACAAAUUGGUCUCAUUUCCCUCACUUCUAUCCUCUCUCUACUUAUAAGCACAUGCAUUUUUCCUGUUUCUGAGCUCCUAUAUUUGGAGCAAGUAGAACAGGGAAAUGAGAUUCUACUGUGGAGAAGAUUUGGGGACUGAUGGAUGUUACCAAUAUAAGCAAACUCUUCAGGGAUUGGUGGGGGGCCAGGAAUGAAAUCCAUGCAAGAUUAGGGUACUUUGUGAGAUGAAGGUAGCCAUUCUCUCUUGGAUUGUAUCCUCAAGGAGAGGUGGAAUUUGUUUUCUGCCUUCACUUUCUAACUGAGAAAAGCAUUUCUCCACAAUCCCUUGGGACUGGGGCAGGAAGCUAUAGCUUUUCAGUAACUUUCUUGAAUCCAACUCUUUUCAAAUGCAAUCCAUCAAUUUGCUUGACAAAGAAUUGAUGAGAGAAGGUCACAAACUUUUUAUAUCCUACCUUUGAGGAAUGAGAAUGAGGAGUGGGAGAAGUGCCAAAUCUUAGGUGAGACACUUUCAAAGACAUUUUGGGUACCCUUAAGAAUAAAGUAUGCACAUCUUGCUUCUCCAGUGAGCUGUGGGAAAUAUUUCAGCUGAAAAUUCAUUGUGAUUUUUAUUCAGAGCCUCUAAUUUGGAAAGUUACCUCCUUCCCCUACAUUCCUAGACUGGGCCCAACUUGCCUUCAAGUCCAAAGAGACUAAAAGUAUGCUUGUCCCUUGGGAGAUUAAGAUAAUAAGACCCCCUUUGGGGUCAUCCCACUAACAUCCCAAAAGAGGAGCAGCCUGGAGGAGAGGUUAAUUAUCCAUCUGCCUUCUGAUACCUCAGAUAAGGGACCUAACAAAACUAUUGUGGAUUCAACAACUUGGAAGUAAAAUUCAUUGAGUACCAUGGCAAAAGUAAAGGGUGUAUGUGACCUUGCAUCCCCUUACAACACACCAUCUAAAUAGUUCAAUCCAGUCUCUUCUUCAUGACACAAGUUUAGGAAGACCAGGGAAAUUAAGAAUGGGAAUAAGUUGAGGCUAAUAGGAAAAAAUAGGAACAUAUGGGACUUCUGACUAAUGGGAGAGUUAAGAUUAAGGUAGAGGAGACAAACAUGGGACUUCAAUUAAAUCAGCUAAAUUUAUUAAGCCUCUAUUAGGUGCUUAAUUGAUAGUCAAUAAGUUUUAAGUGCCUACUGUGUGCCAGGCACUGUGUUAACGCUGGAGAUAGGCAAAGAAAAAUUAAAGGCUAUCCUGGCUCUCAAGUAUCUCACACUCUAAUGGGGGAAACAACAAGCAAACAAAUAUGUACAAAGUACAUACAGGAUAAAUGGAAAUAAUCAACAGAGGGAAGGCACGAGAAUUAGAGUUUGAGGGGUUCCUGUAGAAGGUGAAUUUUAAUUAGAACUUGAUGGAAACCCCAGAAGCUAGGAGGCAUAGCUGAGGAAGGAGAACAUUGCAUGGGAGAUAAUCAGGGGAAAUGUCCAGAGCUGAGAGAUAGAGGAAUUUAUUCAUAGAAUAGAAAGCAAAAAGGCCAGUAUCAUGGGAUCUGAGAAUGUUAGGAAGCGAUGCAAGAAAUAAGUCUGAAAAGGUGGGAUAGAGGGACUAGGUUAUAAAGGGCUUUGAAUGCCAAACAGAAUUUUGCCUUGAUUCUAGAGGUGAUAGGGAGUUACUGGAGUUUAUUGAACAUGAGGAUGACAUGUUUCCUUUUGGAAAAUCUGUUGGGUGGUUGAACAGAGAAUGGACUAAAGUGGUGGGCAGACCAACCAACAGUCUUAUUGCAACAGUCCAACUGUGCAGUAAUGAGGGCCUGCAACAUGUUAGUUGCUUGAAGCCAAUACAGAGUUUAUAUAAAACACUGGGAUCCUGCCCUCAUGAAGUGUAUAGUCUACUAGAAAGCUAAGACACAAGCAGAGAUGACUAUAUACUAUGUAAUGGUACACAAGUGCAUUAUAGAAAUACAAAAUAAAUUCCAAAGAAGGGGAAAAGUUGUCACCAGCAGGAAGAAUCUCAGCAUCUCAGUGUAGAUAAAGCCAGACUGCCCCAUGGGUUAGAUUAGAGCAAGACAGUGUUAUCUUGGGCACAGGAUGCUUAUCUUAACAUAGUCAUCAAAGUGGCCUCCAAUUCAUUCCACAAACAUUACUAAGCCCACACUGUAUUCACAACAGUGAUGGGCACCAGUUCCUUGCAAAUGGGGCAGAGAUCCAUAUUUUCAGGAGAAUGGGGCCAGGUUGUAUACUGAGGCAGGGGUCCGGCAUAUUAGGGGAGGUGGCUGCUGGUGGAAGACAGAGUUUUGUUUUAAAGAAGCCUGGUUUGGGGGGGACGUAACAGUAUUGGUGUCUCAUAAGCCUUCCAUAAGCCCAGGAAUGGCAUGAAGCAUUGUAGGGCUCCCUUUGCCUCUUAGCCCAUCUCUGCCAUUCCUGUCCCUGCUGUGUUGGCACAUAACCAAGCUCCAGAAAUGACACUGGUUUCUGAACCCUGCCUGUCUCUGUGACUUGUGAACAUUGCCAAACUGUUUCUGGGGUUCAUUGUAUGAACUGUAAGCAGGGGCUCAUCAAUUUUAAACAUAGGUGUUUACAGAAUAAAGGAAGUUUAAAAUCACCGCUGGGAUGUAACACAGCAGUCCUGGGAUAGAAAGUCUCAGUAAAAUGGGAAUGGGGAUUUGGGGCUGUUGGUAUAAGGGAGGGGUCUUGGUGCCCUAAGUCAUAGCAAUGCAAUUCCAACUGUUUUUUAAUCUGAUGUCACCUCUAAGGAAGUCUACUUUGGAGGCUGAAAUAUUUCUUCUUUAUCUUCCUGAGAAAUGGACUUACAACUAUAGGAUUUGAAUGAGACACAAGGAAGAAUUUCCCAACAUUGUUUUCCAAAAAUAAGUUCUUGUGGAAGUUUAAUUAUCAUCAUCUCUGGAAGGUCUUUUAAAAACCAACAUUUAUUUUUAAUUGUUUGGGAGCAGAACUAUAUCUAUCUGCAUGAAAUGCAGAGAAGAAACUAGAUGAUCUUUCAAGUUCAUUUCAACUUUGUAUUGGAUACUUCAGGGAAACAGAGGCAAAAAUCGCAUAUUCUCCAUCCCCCACUUUCAUUCUUGAAUCCCUUCUCAUCUCUUCACUCCUCCCCCCCAAAAAAGAAAGAACCUUUUAUCACAUAACCAAGCAAAACAUUUCCGCAUUGAUCAUAUACAAAAAUGCAUUUCUUCUUUUGCAUAUUUGUCCAUCAUCUCCCAGUCAAAUUGGCAAGAUUCUUCCUUACUGGUCCUUUGGAAAAUGAUUGAUCAGUCCUCAUGCCUUUCAAAAUUGUUUGUUUCUAUAAUAAUGAUGCUAUAACAUAGAUUGUUCUUUGGGCUUUGCUCACUUCUUUCUGCAUUAGUUCAUAUAAGUUCAUGUCACUUAAAAACCAGUCUUUAUCUUAUUUAUUAGUAUUUCAUUAUUUGGCAUCCUCUUUGUUUUCAGAGGCUUUUUUGUCCUCAAAAAAAGCUGUUAAAAAUACUUUUAAAAGCUAAAAAGACUAGGGAUACUUGGGAUUGAGAUGGGAGGAAAUGGGACAUAAAUAAAAUGAUAUAGUUGUGUCUGAGUUGGAGAUCAUAA